CCCGGCCUCUUCUCUGAAACCCUUUCAGCAAAUGCAUUUUGACCAACUGGUUUCCUGAGUGCUCCACCCUUGCCUGCGAGCCCGUCUGUGGUUCUUGUGGUUUCAGCUUUGGUCCAGAAAUUGAAAACUCAUUUUCAGACCCCAUCCGCUUAACCACACGUACCCACCGCUCAGUGAUGAAAGGAUAUAGCGGCUCCUUGGUCCACAGAAUCUUGGAUCUUUUGAAGAGACCAGAGCUCUCGUCCCAGAGGGAAUUCCUAAUACCUUUAGGAGAAACUGAGCCAUCAGGAAGUGAGAGAUCUAGGAGGCUGCAGAUGGAGCAAUGUUUCAUGAAUGUAAUUAGUCUGGGAUAAUGGACCAAGAAGCUUUGGAUUGACUCUUACCACUUACAAAGAAGGAAAAACAUUGAGAAAUCCCUCUCUGUGCUGGGGAAAGGUAAACAGAGACUGGGGGGAGAAAGUCAUUGGCCAUUUUCUGCUGAGCUGAAGAAGUUGGGUGCCAUCAGCCAAUCAGUGCUCAGGGUCUUGGCCGGAUAUUAAAGAGCCUUAAGGAGUCUGGGUCGUCAGGCUUGGAAAAUCCCAGGUACUGGGGCUGGAGAUGAAUUAGACAUUUCUCUGUUCUGGGGUGACCGCCAUAUGAAGGAGAGAAUUGGAAGGAGGCAAGAAGAGUGGUUCUGAUCCCAGACCAGAGAACCCAGGUACCUUCUGACCCAACGUCAGGGCUGAGAGUCCUCUUCCCGGGCAGAUCCAGGUCUCUGCAGCUGAGCCGGCGAUCCCCACUUCCCUGAAGUUUUCACAGUGUAGCGCGGGGGAGCCAGCCAGCCCGCCCAGCCACUGAGCAUGGACCAGACUUCCACGCCCCUUUACCGGGGGCUUGAGGAGACGGAGAGAAACGACACUCUUCUACCGCCAAGCCAAGGGAAUGGAACCGAUACGAAGGCGCUACCCAUUAGCAUUCCCUACCUCACCGUGCUCAUCAGCCUGGUUGGGCUGUUGGGCAACGGGACGGUCCUCUGGCUUCUGGGCUUUAGCAUCAAGAGGAACCCUUUCUCGGUGUACAUCCUCAACCUGGCCGGGGCAGAUUUCAUCUUCCUUUCGUGCCAGGCCUUCUACACGGUGGUGGACAUCUGGAAGGACUCUUACAACACCUCGUCCACGGAUCACUUUUACGUCACCUGGUUUUUGUACUCGUCUUUUCCGGCCCUCCGCGUGCUGGCGCCGGUCACGUUCUCCGCCUACACCAUGGGGCUGAGCCUGCUGGCGGCCAUCAGCACCGAGCGCUGUCUCUCCGUGCUCUUCCCGGUCUGGUACCGAGGCCAGCGCCCCAAGCACACGUCCACGGCGGUGUGCGCGCUGCUCUGGAUCCAGGCGGUGCUGGUCAGCGUGCUCACGGGCGAGAGCUGUGGCUUCUUUUACCGGCCGUACAACGAGCAGGGCUGCUACGACUUCACCAUGGCCAGCGCCGUGCUCGUCUUCUUCCUGUUCUCCCUCAUGAGCGGCUGCAGCCUGACCGUCUUCCUCAAGGUGCGGAGCAGCUUUUGGGCGCGGCGCUCUCCCAAGAUCUACGUGGUCAUUCUGCUCACCGUCCUCAUGUUCCUCCUCCUGGGCUCCCCCUUCAGCCUCUACUGGUUUCUUCUGGCCUGGUGGAAGGACACUCUCCUGAAGGGCUGGCACGUCCCCUAUUUCAUCAUUGACAUACUCUCCUGUGUGAACAGCAGCAUCAACCCAUUCAUUUACUUCUUCGUGGGGAGCUUCAGGCAGCAGAAACAGCGGGAGUCCCUCAGGGUGGUUCUCCAGAGGGCCCUGAAGGACGAGCCCGAGAGUUCUCGCACAGAGACCACCGAGAUGUCCGCUUGAGACCUGCCACAAGAGGAAGGGGACGAGGUCCCGAAAUCAUGUGAUUCACCAGGAUGAUGAUGAUGAUGAUGAAGCAGAUGCAGAUGCAUGUUGUUGCCCCCAUUCCACGGAGAGCUCCUGGAGGGCGCCUCUUUGGGCGUCUCUAGCCCUUCUCCCAAGGCUUAGCACACCCUAGGUGCUUAAUAAAUGCAUGCCACUUAACU